UCUGAACCGCUGACGAGCAAGCGUUGUAGAAUUUUCCGGUCUCUUGUUACCGCUAACCUUAAACUCUUUUCUUUGAGUGCUAUUUUAAGACUGGAGAGAGGUGCUUUAAGACAAGAAUAAAAAGGCGAUAAAACAUGUCCUUCAAGCUUGUCGCAAGUCCUAAUAAUCCACCUUUAGGAGCAUUAGCUGUGGCAGAAUUGCUACGUAGUGAUGGAAAACUCCAAUUAUCUGUAUCGUGGUCUGAUAUCAAAGGACCCGGUGGUAUUCAGUUUUUUGAUUCCUCGGGGAAUUUAAUUGGUGAAAAUGAUAAUGAAGCAAGUCGGUAUUUGGCACGUGCAAUAGCACCUACUCUAUAUGGUGGAACCGAAGUCUUAGAGCGAAGUGAGGUUGAUCACUGGAUAUCGUUUGCCAUUGGUCCUCUUACGUGUUCUCAAUCUGAAGCAGAGGCCUUAGCAUAUUUGGAACGUUCUUUAGCACCAAAAACAUGGCUUGUUUCUAAGCAACUUACCAUUGCAGAUUUCUCAGUAUUCUCUGCCCUUUAUACCCAGCUGAAUUUUAAAGUUAAUGAAAAAUAUCCAAAUAUUACCCGGUGGUUUAAACAAAUACAAUCGUUGCCUGCUGUAAAAUCAUCAUUAGCUGCAGUUAAAAAAAAUCUAAAGGCCAAAGCAGGCGAUACCGAAAAGUCUAUCAAAAUGAAUAAGGCACCAAGUGGAGCAAAUAUCAAAAAAGAGCAGGGAAAAUUUAUUGAAUUAGAUGGAGCAGAGAUGGGAAAGGUGGUCGUUCGUUUUCCACCAGAAGCAAGUGGCUAUUUACACAUUGGACAUGCGAAAGCAGCAUUGCUGAAUCAAUAUUAUGCCCAAAAUUUCCAAGGGCAGUUGAUCAUGCGUUUUGAUGAUACAAAUCCCGCCAAAGAAUCUGUGGAGUUCGAAGAAGCAAUCCUGGAAGACUUAGAAAUGUUACAGAUAAAACCAGAUCGAUUCACGCACACCUCUCAAUAUUUUGAUUUAAUGCUCACCUAUUGCACUCAAUUAAUAACUGAAGGCAAAGCCUAUGUUGAUGAUACACCAGCAGCCGUCAUGAAAGAACAGCGGGACCAAUUGUUGCCAUCAGAAAAUCGAAACAACACUGUUGAAAAGAAUUUAGAGCUAUGGGAAGAGAUGCAGAAAGCAAGCAAUAGGGGAAUAGAAUGUUGCGUGAGAGCUAAAAUUGAUUAUCAAUCACCUAAUGGAUGUAUGCGUGAUCCUACCAUUUAUCGUUGCAAGCCUGAACCACAUCCACGAACAGGCACCAAGUACAAGGUUUAUCCAACUUACGACUUUGCUUGCCCAAUAGUAGAUGCAAUUGAAGGUGUGACUCACACCCUGCGCACAACUGAAUACCAUGACAGAGAUGUCCAGUUUUACUGGUUCAUUGAAGCUCUGAAUCUUCGCCGCCCUCAUAUCUGGGCAUAUUCAAGGCUCAAUAUGACUCACACAGUGUUAUCGAAACGAAAAUUGACUUGGUUUGUGGCUGAAGGAUUAGUAGAUGGUUGGGACGAUCCUCGAUUCCCUACAGUCAGAGGCAUCUUACGACGAGGAAUGACGGUAGAAGGGUUGAAGCAAUUUAUCAUUGCACAGGGUAGCUCAAAAUCUGUUGUAUUUAUGGAAUGGGACAAAAUUUGGGCGUUUAAUAAGAAAGUCAUCAAUCCAAUCGCUACUAGGUAUACAGCCUUAUUGCAUGAUCAGACUAUUCCUGUUCAUGUGUUGGAUGCUGUAGAGGGAUGGCUCACUGUUCAGAAUCAUCCUAAAGAUCCUUCUUUGGGUACAAAGAAAGUACGAAUUGGGCCGAAUUUGUUGAUUGAAAAAGAUGAUGCUGCAAUUUUAGUAGAAGGACAGAAUGCGACUUUCAUAAACUGGGGAAAUCUCUUAAUUCAGAAGAUAAAGAAGGAAAAUGGCAUUGUGACAGAAGUUGAGGCCAAAUUAAAUCUCGAUAAUAAGGACUUCAAGUCUACUCCUAAACUCACCUGGCUUUGCCAAGACAAAAACAAUGGAGAAAGUAGAUUGAUACCAUGCUACACCGUUUACUUUGGUCACAUAAUGAGCAAGGCUGUACUUGGAAAAGAUGAUGACUUCAAGAAUUUUAUCGCCAAAGAUACCAGAAAAGAGGUCCAAGUUUUGGGUGAACUCGAAUUGCAAAGGGUGGUUAAGGGUGAGAUAAUCGAGUUGCAGAGGAAGGGAUUCUUCCGUUGCGAUGUUGCCUAUGCACCUGCAAGUCCAUAUUCUUUAAGGGAACGGCCACUUAUUUUAUUCCAUGUGCCGGACGGUCAUGCUACAUCUCCCACUACCUCAGCAGCCACAGCUUCUCCCACCAAAGCCCCCACCACAAAGACGACUACUGCCAAUGCCAGCAAGCCAACAGGAAAUGAGAUAAAGAGUAGGGGUGAACAGAAUGCAGAGGAAUUAAAUGCUAAAAUUAUUGCACAAGGUGACAAAGUGAGAGAGUUGAAAGCUGCUAAAGCAGACAAAACAGCAAUUGAUCAAGAAGUAAAAAUCUUAUUAGCCCUAAAAGCUGAGUACAAAUCAGCUAGUGGUGCAGAUUGGAAACCUGGUGUCGCUCCUCCUGCAGCUGCUAAAAUAAACACUAACGGUAGAAGUGCUGAGAUUAUAUCAGACGAGAUUACAAAACAAGGAGAUAAAGUCAGGAUUUUGAAAGGAGAUAAAGCAGACAAAAAAGCAAUUGAAGCAGAGGUGAAAGUUCUACUCAAUCUGAAGGCCGAGUACAAGUCUGCAACUGGACAAGAUUGGAAGCCAGGAGCGGUUCCCGCUAAGGCAGCGACGAAGGAAACUAUCCCACAAAAUCAAGUGAAGACUAGAAGUUCAGAAAUUAUAUCCGCAGACAUUGUGAAACAAGGUGAUAAGGUUAGAGAACUAAAAGGACAGAAGGCAGAUAAGAAAAUAGUUGAGGUUGAGGUGAAAACACUUCUCAAUUUGAAGGCUGAGUAUAAGACGGUUACUGGCCAAGAUUGGAAGCCUGGAACUCUACCUGUCAAACCAACGGUAGAAAAUAUGCAAUCUGCAGAGGAUAUAUCUAAUGCUAUCACAAAGCAGGGAGAUAAGGUAAGGCAGUUGAAAGGAGAAAAGGCAGGUAAAACUGUAAUUGACCAAGAGGUAAAAACUCUACUGGCGCUGAAAGCAGAAUACAAAACCAAAACAGGGGUAGAUUGGCAAGCGAAUGCACUUCCAAAUACAUCGGCAAAGGUUGAAAAUAAAGAUAGCGGGGCAGAAGAAAUAUCGAACCAGAUUGCAAAACAAGGAGAAAAAGUGAGGGAACUUAAAGCGGCUAAAGCAGAUAAGAAAAGCAUUGACGAAGAAGUGAAGAUUCUUCUUAAUCUCAAAGCUCAGUAUAAAGCUGCUUCUGGACAAGAUUGGAAGCCAUCUAACUCUACAGCUCCUGCUAAAGAAGCAAAGAAAGUAGAGAAUCAAUCAAAGAAAUCUGCAAAAACAGCUGCUAACGUAAAUAAGAGUGCUAAUGAAGCAACAGUCAAAGACAAAGAUGCCACAAAGACGGGCACUAGAUUGGGCCUAGAGGCAAAGAAAAAUGAAAAUCUUUCGGACUGGUAUUCGCAGGUAAUUACGAAAGGAGAAAUGAUUGAAUAUUACGAUGUUUCUGGGUGCUAUGUCCUAAGACCGUGGAGUUACUCGAUAUGGGAAGAGGUGAAGAAUUGGUUUGAUGCCGAAAUUAAGAAAUUGGGUGUUCAAAACUGCUACUUUCCCAUAUUUGUGAGCCGCUCGGUCCUUGAAAAAGAAAAAUCACACAUUGCAGACUUUGCGCCGGAAGUAGCAUGGGUAACCAAGAGUGGGGAAACCGAAUUAGCUGAACCUAUCGCUAUAAGACCAACUUCAGAAACGGUUAUGUACCCUGCAUAUGCUAAGUGGUUAAAGUCUCAUCGGGAUCUUCCACUCAAACUCAAUCAGUGGAACAAUGUUGUGAGAUGGGAGUUCAAACAUCCCCAGCCAUUCUUGCGAACUCGUGAAUUUUUAUGGCAGGAGGGUCAUACAGCAUUUGCAACGAAAAGCGAAGCUGAGGAAGAAGUAUUUACCAUAUUGGAAUUGUACGCGAAAAUAUAUGAAGACCUAUUAGCAAUUCCUGUGGUUAGGGGUCGUAAGUCAGAGAAAGAGAAGUUUGCUGGUGGUGAUUUCACUACUACAGUUGAAGCAUUCGUCUCUGCAAGUGGUAGAGCUAUACAGGGUGCAACUAGUCAUCAUCUAGGACAAAAUUUCUCGAAGAUGUUCGAUAUUCAAGUAUUAGGAGCAGAUGAAAACGGUGAAAAAUCAUAUGUCUGGCAAAACUCAUGGGGAAUUACUACAAGAACAAUAGGUGUUAUGGUAAUGAUCCAUGGAGAUGACAAUGGAUUGGUGCUCCCUCCGAAGGUUGCCUCUGUGCAAACUGUGAUAAUUCCUUGUGGUAUAACCGCAUCUAGUACGCCCGAGCAGCGUCAGAAUUUGCUUGCAGAGUGUACUAAGUUAGAAAAUGAAUUGAAGGCUGGACAGAUAAAAGUGAAGGGUGACUACAGAGACAACUACAGCCCUGGUUGGAAAUUUAAUCACUGGGAAUUGAAGGGUGUUCCCUUAAGGAUAGAAUUAGGACCGAAAGAUUUAGAAAAAAAUCAAUUGACGGUUGUGCGCAGAGAUACUUUUGCUAAAGUAACCGUACCCAGAGCCCAAGCAAUUAGUCAUAUUCAUAAGCUACUUGAAGAUGUGCAGAAAAGCUUAUAUGACAGAGCUGCGAAAGAAUUAAAAGAACAUACAAAGCAAACGGAAGAUUGGACCGUUUUUUGCAAGCAACUAGAUCAAAAAAAUUUACUCUUAUCACCUUACUGUGGAGAAAUAUCCUGCGAGGAUAAUAUAAAGGCAGAUAGCGCGAGGGAGGACGUAAGUGAGGAACCAGGAGCUCCAGCCAUGGGUGCCAAAACUCUUUGUAUCCCAUUUAAGCAACCAACUCCUCCUGCACCUUUAGAAAGUUUACGAUGUAUUCAUCCUAAAUGUACAAACAAGCCAAAAUUCUACGCUCUGUUCGGUCGCAGUUAUUGAGCGAUAUGCAAUUUAAUUAUUGCAGGUCAUCAACUUUUCAAUCAAAAUCAACUACUGAUUGUUCAGUUGCAGUCGACAUAAAAAGGAUGCAUUUUACAUGAAUUCGCAAAUAUUGUUUUUUACAGCAUAAACUUGGGGGAUAAAAAGCCAUGCUAAACUAUUAACCAUUUGGAUUAACAGUGAGGCUUUCUAGUGAAACAACAGUGAGAAAAUAAAGAUAAUGAAAAACUGUUGAGGUUCAAAA